GGAAAAAAUAGAAGACAAGAAAAUACGAAAAGAAGACCGACCGGAGAACCGUUUGGGAGAGAGAGAGAAGAAAACCCUAGCGCUGUUCUUGCAUCGCCACCGCGACUUUUAGAAGAAGAGGGGCAACGUCAAUUCCGGUCGAGCAUCGGAAAAAAUGUCGAAGAAGAACAGCUUAUCUCGUAGGAAGAAGCAGUACGAGUUUGAUCUUCGAAGAGAGAAAGCGGAGAAAGAGAAGGCGGCGAAGAAGCUUCAAGCUAAGAAAAACAAGAUGAAGGUCGAUGGCAGUGGCAAGAAGAAGAAGGGUGCAGGUGGAUUCCAAGUUGGGAAGAGAAAAUUGAAGACGAAGUUGACUGCUUUGGCGAAAGCUAAAGCGGCACAGGCAAUGGAGCUGGACAAAUGAGGUACCCAUUAGUUUGAAGCUCAUAUGAUCGAAGGAAUUCUACUGCUUCCAGUUCCUUGGCUUGGACAGAACUGAUGCUUACAAUCGAUAGACCCAUGGGUUCUCAGCGAUUCCUGGAUGCAAGAUGUGCAGCUGUCAUAUUUCGCAGAACGGUCAUGGACGAUCUGCAAAAAAGAUUCUUGGAGUUGGGUUUAUGCAAUAGGCCUUCAGAUUGAUAAACAUUGUUCAGGGAUGGAUGGGCGUUGAAUAUGGCGAAGAAAUAAUGGGAGGAUUUACUCGAGCAUGUUCAGGGAUGAAAGGAGAGCUGCCUGAGAUUGCAUACUUUCGUACUUUCCAAAUCAUAGUCCAUAGGAUGAUUGAAAACUUUCAUCUUAUCGCAUUUAUCAUCAUUAUAGAGCCUCUUUUUUUUUUUUUUGUAGAUUAUCCUAAAAUCUGCUGUAGUGGCUACAUCACCCCCUGGUAUAUUCUUCAAUAUAGAUUACAGAAUGUGCAUCUUGCUGGUUUUGACAAUGCUUACAA